CGUAGUGGGAAGGCCACUCGCGGUCUCCGCGCGUGUAAGUCGGUCUCGGCCACCACUUCUGCGUUUCACAGUGAACAAUGGAAGUCCGAAGUAGGAAGUAACGAGCUAAACGAUGAGCUUCGUCAAUCCAUUCAUCAACUUUUCGAAUUCAUCUUUAAUCCACUCUUACGAUUUCUUGAAUUUCUUUGCAUAUUCGAACGAAUCCCUAUUUCUUUUUUCCUUUACUAUGAUCGUCAAGCUUAAACCCUAGUUUUUCUAUUGUUUGGUUUUCGAUUCUACAUCCUCCAGCUGCAUCGAUCGUGCUUUAAACUUGUAAGCAAUCAUGAUUUUUAUGGAUUUUUCUAUACCCCUGGUUCUAUUGCCAUUCAAUUUUCUUCUCUUUUUGACAGUCGAGAAAUUCUAGGGUUUUAUUAUCGUGGCAGAUUACAUGAAUGGCUUCAGUGCUGCAAGGUCGUGGUGAUGCGGGAGGGAAUCCCAGAAGGACGGAUAGUGACAAGUUUAGUGCCGGAAAGCAACAGAAAGAGAGUAAACUUGCUAAACACGUAGCUCGAAAUUCCGUUCAGACUCCUGUCGCGGCCACCAAUGGCGGUGGUAAUCCGUUUUCUCCUUCUCAUGAUCUCGUCGAUGCUUUAGUCGCGUCUAGGGAUUCUUCGGGUCAAAAUUGCUGCAUUGAACCGGUUAAUGCCGAAGACGUGCCAGGAUAUACGAGGUUUGAGAAUCGCGUUAGGAUUAGUUUGAAUUCCAGAUCGAGGUCUGGGAUUAAAGAGCUUACAACGAAGCUGAAGGGUGAGCUUGAUCAGGUUAGGAGCCUCGUGAAGAAGUUUGAAACUCAGGAGCUGCAGCUUAGUGGUUAUGGUGCCGAUGUUGGACAGAGUCAGUCACAGUUUUCAGCUAAUAAUUUGGUAGACAGGGUCGGUACUGGCAGUACAAUGAAGGUUAAUUCCGAGGUGGGUUCUGCGGAUGUGCCUGCUUCGAGGCUUGUUCGAUGUGUUUCGGUUGCAGAAAAUUUUGGAGAGUUUGCAGAGAAAGAGAUGAGCAACCAUAAAAAUUCAAACUAUACUUCUCCAAAGGAGUUCCCGAUGUCGGACUGUAAUUUGAAUGGAGGUAAGAUUGGUCCAGUGCUUAAAAGCUGUAGUAUUUUGCUGGAAAGAUUGAUGAAACAUCAAUUUGGUUGGGUAUUUAAUGUGCCUGUUGAUGCGAAGCGUUUGGGGCUUCAUGAUUAUCAUAAGAUCAUAACGAAGCCAAUGGAUUUGGGUACCAUAAAGAUGAGAUUAAAUAAGAAUUGGUACAAGUCACCAAGAGAGUUUGCUGAGGAUGUGAGACUAACAUUUAGCAAUGCCAUUACAUAUAAUCCAAAAGGGGAGGAUGUUCAUAUAAUGGCAGAGCAGUUGUCUAAGAUAUUCGAAGAGAAAUGGAAGAUAAUUGAAGGCAAACAAUAUGUUGGUAAGGGAUUUCAGAUGGAUGAUGGUUCAGUUUUACGUACACCCACCUCUAGGAAAUCUCCAGCUCUUGCCACUCCUCCAAUGGAAUCGAGAACUUUCAGUAGAUCGGAUUCUACGACAAAACCUGUGCCUUCAAAUAGGGGGAUUUUAGGUAAAUCGGAUUCAGUAACAAAAACCCCCAAUCCCAAACAGACCCCCACAGAUGUUGCUCCUCGUGAUAAGAAGAAACCAAAAGCAAAGAAUCAUGAAAUCAGAGAUAUGACUUAUGAAGAAAAACAGAAACUGAGCAUUGACCUUCAGGAUUUACCAUCAGAUAAGCUGAAUUAUGUUGUCAAGAUUAUCAAGAAAAGAAACCAGGGACUCUUCCAAAACGACGAUGAAAUUGAGUUGGAUAUUGGCAGUGUAGAUUCUGAAACCCUUUGGGAACUUGAGAGGUUUGUGGCAAAUUACAAAAAAGGUUUGACCAAGAAUAAGAGAAAAGCUGACGCCAAUCUUCAAUCAGGAGAAAAAUUGUCUCACUACUCGACCAAUGAUACUGAUCUAGCAAUGGCUAAUACUGGAGGAAAACCUGUAGGUGGCAUUGCAGACUCUGAAAAUGAUAGUUCCUCGACAUGUGGGGAUGGAAAUCAGUCCCCCUCAGGUUGAAUUGACUAAAGUAAGGAUGGAAUAAUUUGGUGGCUUAAGAGCAAUCUCACAUCCAAAGCAGAUAGAGAGGGAAGAGAUCAAAGUAGUCUUUGAUAAUUUUAGAUGAUGGAUUCAGAAAUCUCAUUCAUGGUUUCCUUUGCAUUUAAUUAAAUAGCCAUUUCCCCCAUUUCUUCUUUUGACAAUUUGUAACUCCAUAUUUUUGUAAAAUAAAAAUCUAGAAGCUGGCAUAAGGCAUAAGUCAAUUAAUUCACUUUUCACAUUCUAGGAUUGAUCUUUCCAUGUUCUUUGGUCCGAACUUAUUUACAUCCUUGUAAGUUGUAGCAUUUUAUGUUGCAACAACAUUUGUAUAUAUUAAAAUUAAAGCAUCUACUCCCUCUUUUGACA